AGUUUGGGGCUCACGAUGGGGACAGUGCAGCGCGCUCUUUGCAUGCUUCUUGGCUGUUUUAUUGUUGUCCAGUCUGUUGUAACAUAUCCUGAUGCCAGAUUUUCCCAGGAUUUUGUGGGAUUUUAUGAGAACCUGGAGCCUUUUUCAUUUGAAAGAAACCUUGAUUUUACUCCGCGUGGCACCAUCUUCAGCUCCUGGCGAUCCUGGACGCCUGACUUUCACAGGCCUGCUGGAUUCUCUCCCUUCCUAAAUGUUCCCAGGGUACAGGUGUAUUGCGAUGCAUCUGCACUAACUGUGCUGGUUGAUAAGAGAAUCGGUGGUCUCAAACUGACUGGGGAGGAGAUGCAGCUGGGCAAUGGUUGCAUCAGCAAUGGAGAGCUUGCAAACCGAUUUGUCUUCACUUACGGUUUUGAUGAAUGUGGAACAACAUCUGCGGUGGCGAAUGGCUUGGAGGUGUUCACCAACACCCUCCACUUGAAUCUAAGAAAAACUUCCCCCGCCUGGUGGAAAACUCCCUUAGCAGUCCAUGUGUCCUGCUUUACAAAAAGGUUGAACGGUUUUCCAAACUUUAGCGUUGCUACACUUCCUGAAAAUGCCGAGCACAUUGACAUCAAAGCCAUGACUCCAUCCUGGACGAGUGCCGCAGAGUCAAACGUCUACAACAGAGGCCAGACUGUCAGUCUUCAGGUUUCUGCCAAAAUCAGGCCAAAUCAACAGGUUUUCAUCCAGUUCUGCUUUGUCUCGGUGUCCCCUGAGCCUCGGGCUAAACCAAGGCUUACAGUCAUAUUCAAUAAAGGGUGUGUAACCCCAUUGGGGGCUUCGCCUACGAUAGCGAUGUUUGUGGCCUCCAACAGAGCAGAUGUGGUUAAUUUUGUUAUGAACACAUCUUAUCUCAUUUCUGAGCUGUAUAUCCACUGUAGUGUGCUGAUCUCAGACCGAGGCGUCACCUCUGGCUCCAAAUCCUGCAACUACAAUGUGAUCCAGUCAAGAUGGGAAGAACUAAGUGGUGAUUUAGAGGCAUGUGAGUGCUGUAGCUCAAGAUGUAAGGGGAAAACCCUUCCUGAGACCAAAACUAUGGUCAGCACUGGUCCCUUUGUCAUUGUGGAUGAAGAUGUUAAGAGACAUCCUGUGCCUUCAGUCUCAGAACAACAAGAAACCCCUAACAUUGUACCCAACUCCAUGCAGUCUGCUGCUCUUGAUCCUUCUGAAGCGAUGGUUUCUGCUGCUCCUGUUCCAGGAAGCAAGCUUGCAGCUCCCCCACAGGGUGUCGUGGCUGUAAGUCAGAACCCGGCCACCAGGGUGACACUCUGGCUACCUGAACAGGUGCAGAGUGCAGAACAUGGUGGGAACCUAGGUUCUCCAUCUGAAGAUGGUGUAAUAAGUCAGUUAGAGCAAAACUCGAAUGACAUUCCUGAGCUGCAUUCUUCAACCACAGAUCAAGAACCUCAUCCGAAUCCAACCAAUGAGAUCAAAAGUCAGAGUUUCAGUGACGUUUCUGUGUCCGAUAUGAAUUUGCUUACGAUGGUUAACGGGUGGCCGAUUCCUCCACAACCAGCAAUUCCAAAGGAAUUCAAAAUAAAAAGCCGGUUUGGAAGAUCUGGGAAUUCUGGCAGCAAAGAGGAACAGGUUGACUUCUCGCUGCCGGCUGAGAUUAACGCAGACUACCUUAUGCUGGUUGAAGGGCCAAACCCAGAAUCAGAUGACACAGCUGCAGAGGAACCCCAAACUGAAAAAUGGCUGCAGAACAAUGAGAUUAAGGACCCAAACAGAGAUGAGCUGCCCCAGAUGCUGACAGAUGAAAUUCCACCAGUGACUCGCUCAAAACUCACCUUUUCCAAAGCUGCUGAUGGAUCGCAGACGCUGAGUUAUGAGGAAGAGGUGGUGAAGCAAAAAAGUCCUGUGGAAAGAGAACCGCUGAGACUCAAGGGACUGUGCUCAACUUUCUUGAACUUGUUGAGGAGGAUGAAUAAAGCUGAAUAACUGCAGCUGUAGAAGACUUUAAAAUUGUGCUUUAACUGAAUAAAAGUGCUGUGCAGC